UAGGUAGGCGCUUGGUUGGGAAGUGUUUAGGUCACAAGCACCGCAGGCCGUUCGGCAUCCAGCUUAUACUUGAACGCAAUGUCUCUGUACAGAAACACUAUCUGGUUCAUUAAGGGUCUGCGGGAAUAUACUAGAAGUGGCUAUGAGGCGGCAGCUAAACUAUUUGUUGCAGAAGAUUUGGAAGUUGAUGUUGCUGGAAGAUCCUACAUGAUCACUGGAGCAAACAGCGGUAUAGGCAAAAGCGCAGCAACGGCAAUAGCAAAGAAAGGUGGUACCAUUCACUUGGUGUGCAGGAGUAAAGAAAGAGCUGAGGAAGCCAAAAAGGAGAUUGUGGAAGCCACUGGAAAUACGAAUGUUUUAGUGCAUCUGUUGGAUAUGUCUAGUCCAAAAGAAAUAUGGGAAUUUGCUGAGAAAUUUAAAUCUGAGAACAAGCUAGAUGUCUUGAUAAACAAUGCAGGAUGUAUGGUAAAUAAGAGAGAGCUAACUGAGGACGGAAUAGAGAAGAACUUUGCAACCAAUACAUUGGGCAUGUACAUUCUUACAACCGCUCUCAUUCCAGCAUUGGAGAAAGCAGAAGAUGCGAGAGUGGUAAAUGUCUCAUCAGGAGGGAUGCUUGUUCAAAAGCUGGAUGUGUCAGACCUGCAGUUUGAAAAGGGAACAUUUGAUGGAACAAUGGCUUAUGCACAAAAUAAGAGACAGCAAAUCGUAUUAACUGAGCAAUGGGCUAAGUCUUACCCAAAGAUCCAUUUCUCUGUCAUGCACCCAGGCUGGGCUGACACACCAGCGGUGAGGUCUUCAAUGCCUGAUUUUCAUGCAAAAAUGAAGAAUAAGUUACGAACUGAAGAUGAAGGAGCGGACACAAUUAUUUGGCUGGCAAUAUCCCCUGCUGUAACAAAGUUUGCAAGUGGCCUCUUUUUUCAAGAUCGGAAACCUGUUUCUACUCAUUUACCCUUGGCAAGCACUCACUCCUCUCCUGAAGAUGAAGAGAAACUUCUGCAAGCAUUGGAAGAAUUUUCAAAAAGAUUCUCACCUGGAGUUUGUAAAUUGUAAAAUAUGCUUUAUAUCUUGCAGCACAACUGACUGGUAUAGCUCUCUAUAAAAGAGGGAGUUCAUCUGUGUAUAAUUUUGCCUAGCAAUGCAGCCCUCUGUGGUUGCCUAGGAUUGAAAUGAAUAUACAGUUUAAAUAAGCAGUAUUCAUACUGUGCACUGAUUUUUAUAUGUAGUAUUGAUUACUACAUUUAGUCAUGAAGGAAGGAAUAAAGUCUGGUUAUGUAGCUGCUUGCUUAUAGUGGGCUACCAAGAAACCUCUUGAGAGAUAAUUUGCAAAAGAAAAAACGAACUAAAUAAUCUCUUGAACAUUACUAAUAUGGUAUACACACUAAUUUAGUACUGUCAUACCUUUAACCCCUGAUACAUAUCCAUUGCUUCUUUUGAAAAACGAAAUGUGCCACUCCCUAAAAAGGCCAAAAAGUAAACCCUAUGUUAUGAAAAUGCUGCAAACACUAAACCAGCUAUUUGAAUUGCAGCAUUUGCAGGUUACAGAAUUGCAUUUUGGCCUCUCUAUGAUGCACAAUUUUUAUUCAUAAAAAUAUAUUUCAAUUAUUCCUGCUAUACAUACUGUAUAUGGUGGUCCUCUUUAACAGACACGUUUUCUUCUAAAGGUCGCUACACUUAAAGAUUUGAUAAAAUUACUUUUUUUUUUUUUUUUUUUUUUUACAUGCCGCACAUUGUUUUCGAUUAAUUAAAUUGUCUUUUUGUGAUGUUUAUCAAA